AUGUUACUGAUCAAUAUUAGCCUGAUUGUCAGUUUGCUGAUUGUUUCAAGGGGAUUUAGUUUGCAUCAAGGUGGCAAACGUGUCGAUAUUAAGUCCUGGGAGGGCAGAGAGAUCGCCAUUGAAAGCACAAGUCAUCAAGCUCGAUCCAGUAAUGGAAACUUUAAUGGUCACCACAAUGACAGCUCGGAUAUCAAGGUGUUUGACCGUAUGAAAGAGUCCAAAAAUCUCACUGUAGCUUUUAGCGAAAUUGACAUUAGUGAGAUGCGUGUCUAUAAUGUGGGUGUUUUAAUGGCAUCCCAUUUGGAUUCACCUUUUGACCUGGAACGCUGUGGACCAGCUGUAGACUUAGCUUUGGAUGAGAUUAACAAACGCUUUCUGAGCCUCCAUAACAUUAGACUGGUCAAAAAGAAGGCAAGUUACCCAUCGUGCUCGGGAGCUAAGGCGCCAGGACUCGCAGCGGACAUGCAUUUCAAGGACGAUGUCAUCGCAUUUAUUGGACCCGCGUGCGCCUUUGCCCUGGAACCGGUUGCUCGAUUGGCCGCAUACUGGAACACGCCCAUUAUUACAGGAAUGGGUGAUCAGCCACCUUCAUCUGAGGGCGAACUAACCGUUACUUCUGGCAUGCUCGGCAGAAUUCAUAAGUGGAAGAACGAGAGUACGGGCAUGUUCAAAGAUAAAUCCAAGUAUCCGACAUUAACGCGUAUGUCCUAUUGUCAGUGUCGUCUCAAGUUGGUCUUUGCCAGCGUUUUCCGUCAAUUUAAUUGGAAACAUGUGGCACUGUUGGUGGACAGAUCGGAGCUGUUCUCACUGACUGUUGGCAAGAAUCUGGAGUAUGGAUUGCGUCAGGAGGGACUAUUGAGCUUUGUGCGGGAACUGAAUGGCAAUGAGGAGGAGAAAUACGAAAACUAUCUGAAGGAUGCGAGCAUGUAUGCGCGAGUCGUUAUAUUAUCUGUUCGCGGUAUUCUCGUACGCAAAUUCAUGCUGGCAGCGCAUAGUUUGGGCAUGACAAACGGUGAGUGGGUCUUCCUGGACGUGGAGAUCUUCCAGAGCGCCUACUGGGGCGACAAAGACUGGGAGUUGGGGGAUGAGAACGAUAUGCGUGCCCGUAAGGCAUACGAGGCUCUGUUACGUGUCUCGCUCCUGCAGCCGACUAGUCCCACCUUUCAGGACUUUGCGGACAAUGUGAGGGAGAAUGCGCUCUCCGAAUACAACUACACAUUUGGCGAGGGAGAGGAGGUGAACUUCUUCAUUGGGGCAUUCUACGACGGUGUCUAUCUGCUCGGCAUGGCCCUUAACGAGACUCUGACCGAGGGAGGUGACAUUCGGGAUGGAGUCAACAUCACACGGCGCAUGUGGAAUCGCACAUUCCAUGGCAUUACUGGCCAUGUUCGGAUAGAUGACAAUGGAGAUCGUGAUGCUGACUACUCCAUUCUCGAUUUGGAUCCCAUCAAUGGCAAAUUCUCCGUUGUGGCACAUUAUUAUGGCCUUCAUAAGAAAUAUGCCGCUGCUCAUGGAAAGAAAAUCCAUUGGCCAGGCGGACGAGAAGAGCCCCCUCCAGAUAUUCCACCUUGUGGCUUCUUGGGCAACGCUCCAGGUUGUCAUGGAAAUGAGACUAUAAUCAUGUACUCCAUUUUCGGACUGGCUUUGUUUUUGGGACUCGUCCUUUUGGUCAUCUGUCUGCUGCAAAAGCAAAUGAAGCUCAGCAAGGAGCUGCACAACAUGUCCUGGCGGGUACGUCCUGAUGAUGUGCUGAUCGAAAUGGGCGGAAUGUUCGGAUCCAAGGGAGGAUUGCAGCGUCUCGAUGUGGAGAAUAUUUCCCUGCAGCAGUUCGGAAUACACUCAGGACGCGCCUCCAUAGCGAGUUUCGCGUCGUUGCCUCCCCAGGUGUACACUACAAUUGGCCAAUUCAAGGGCGAGCGAGUGGCCAUCAAGAAGGUGAAUGUGAAGAAGGUGGAGGUGACCUCGACCCUGCUCUGGGAGAUCAAGCAGGCGAGGGAUGUGAGCCAUGAGAACACAGUGCGUUUUGUGGGCGCCUGCAUCGAUUUGCCACGCCCCACAGUGCUCAUACUCACAGAGUACUGCUCCCGGGGCAGUCUGAAGGAUGUGCUGGAGAACGAGGCCAUUGAGCUGGACUGGAACUUUCGCAUGUCCCUAGUCCAUGACAUUGUCAAGGGCAUGAGCUAUCUGCACAAUAGCGAUGUCGUUGCCCAUGGGAAACUACGAUCCUGCAACUGCCUCAUCGAUGGACGCUUCGUCCUGAAGAUCUCGGACUUUGGCCUAAAUACACUCACUACUCCCACAGACUUUGUGCGCGACCAGAAUUAUUAUACCAAAUUGCUGUGGAUUGCGCCAGAAUUACUUCCGAUGACUUCGAUUCCCGGCUGCCCGGCAACACAACGUGGAGACGUCUAUUCCUUCGGCGUUAUACUGGAGGAGAUUGUCAAUCGAGGUGGCCCCUACCAAGAGGCACGUCAACAGGGCAUGGACGUACACACGAUUCUGCACAAGGUGCGUCAGUGUGAAUAUCCCCCCUUUCGUCCCCUGAUUCGGGAGAGGGAAUGUCCACCUGAUCUGUUGGUUCUGAUGGAAAAGUGCUGGGCCGACAACCAGGAGGAGCGUCCAGCAUUUUCCAUAAUUAGAAGCAACAUACGCACGAUCAUGAAAGGCUUUUGCGAGAAUCUAAUGGAUGAUUUGUUGAAUCGCAUGGAGCAUUACGCCAAUAACUUGGAGAGCCUCGUGGAGGAGAAGACCAGGCAGCUCAGCUUGGAGAAGCAACGAACAGAGGAGCUGCUGUAUCAGAUCCUUCCCCGUCCUGUCGCCCAGCAACUAAUGGCUGGAGAUCUUGUGGAGCCGGAGGAGUUUAGCAGUGUGACCAUCUACUUUAGCGAUAUUGUGGGAUUCACCGAACUCUGCGCCCGCAGCACUCCCAUGGAAGUGGUCAACUUUCUCAACGAUCUCUAUAGCACAUUCGAUCGCAUAAUUGGCUUCUAUGAUGUCUACAAGGUGGAAACAAUUGGGGAUGCUUACCUGGUGGUGUCUGGUCUGCCAGAACCCAAUGGCGAUAAGCACGCUCGGGAGAUUGCGCUCAUGGCACUGGACAUACUCCAGGCGGUCUACUCCUUCAACCUAAGACACAAGCCUGACUAUAAGAUACAAAUACGCAUUGGCAUGCACUCGGGAUCCGUCUGUGCCGGCGUCGUGGGCAAAAAGAUGCCGCAUUAUUGUCUAUUUGGGGACACGGUUAACACUGCCUCCCGUUUGGAGACCACAGGAUUACCUGGAAAAAUCCAUGUUUCAUCAGCCACCAAAGCUAUCUUGGACAAGUUUGGUACAUUUCAAUUGGAACAGCGUGGCGAUGUGGAGCUCAAGGGCAAAGGCACCGUAACCACCUUCUGGCUAAACAGCACCACCGAAGCCGAGGCCCGUGCACCCACUCCUCCACUCCUAAACAACGAUGAGGUGCCAUUUCCUCUGCUAUUCGCCGGCAUGGGAAAAUAAACGGACUUAUAAUUAAGCCAUCACCAAAAAUUAUCCAAAGUACAAAUAUUCCUAGAACUUUUUCUAUAAAGUCAGCAUUUUAAACAGAGGAAACCCUAAAUUGACACUAAUUGUGAUAUGUGUAAAAAAAUGUUGUGCAUACAUUUUGAAGAAAUUAUUCUGAAACAAAAUUGAGCUCAAUUGAGACAGCAUUAUUAUAUAAUAAUAAUAAUUGUAAAUGUAUUGUGUAAUAUGUCAAAAAAUUUCAGCGUAUUCUAAUUCUACGCGCUCAAGCCUGUUCC